UCUCUCUCUCUCUCUCUCUCUAGGGCUUUAAUGGUGCACGAACUUUAGCGAAGGCAUGUGAGUGCGAGGCCGAUUUUUUUCCAACUGUAUUUCCACGCUCUGCCCCACAUCUUUUUACAGCCCACCUUCCACAAACGUUUCCCCCACACCCACCCCACCUUUAUAAACAAAGCGAUUCUCUCCUUCGCCCUGUUUCAUUUUUAUAUUUUCCUAAGCGAAUUUCCGGGUUCCGUGCAUUCUCUCUUCCUUCGUCGUCUCCGUCUCGAUCCGUCUCUUGCUUGAAGUGGUUGAGAAUUUGGGCCGGUGGGCGAGUGUUUUUUUUUUUUGGGUGUUUUUUCUCUUCUCUGCAACGGCUCCGUUUUUGUUUUUCCACGGGAAGGGAGGUUCGCGGCUUGCGAGGUAACCCCGAAGUUUGGAUCUUGCGAGUCGUGGGCGAGAAGUUCCGAAGAUUUGGCAAUUCCGGAGGUUGCUUCGUGGUUUGUGGCUUUCCAGGUUUAGAUAGCGAGUGGGGUCUUUCCUGCUUUUUCCUGUGAGAAAGUCUCUGCUCCGUGGUUGAAUUCUGCGGGCGAGUUUUGGAGGUUUGAUUGUUGCUUCUGCUCUGUGAUUUUGUUGAGAGUGAAGUUUCACGGUCUGGGUAUUUUUCAGUACUCACUAGGAAGUCAUAAUCAGAGUAGACGGGUUUGAAUUAUAUGAGCAAACUUUUCGGUUGCUUGGGAAUGUGAAAUUGGAGUGAGAAAGAUGGCAGCUUCCUGUAGUCUGGGUCUUGUUCUGAGCAUAGUCUUCGGUUGCCUCUUCUUGGCUUUCUUAGCGGAAGUGUCCUAUGUGUUCUGGUGGAAGAGGAGAAGAGUAGCCUCGAGUAGUGUCGCAGACGUCCCGGAAGAAGAAGACUACACCAAAUACGCAAAAGAAUUUCUCCAACUCAUCUGCUGGAAAAGGCCCUCUUCAUUCCAACACCCCACCAACGCCAAAAACAGCGGCGCAAAUUCAGCCAAUGCGAAGGAUUUAGGUGCCAACGGGCAUGAAAUGUCGGACCUUGAAGCUGGAAACGGCAAGGACUUGCAGUCGAAGAGCCUGGGAGAUCAAGAGAGCGUGGAAUCGGAGCUCAUGAGGCUCCACAACCUCCAUGGCCCACCGAGGUUCCUCUUCACGAUCAAGGAAGAGACUAGGGAGGAUCUGGAGUCUGAGGAUGGGAGGUCGAGGGGCGAUAGGAGCAGGAAAGGCUCAAGGACCAGGAGCUUGAGUGACAUAAUCUUGGCCCUCGACCAGACCCCGUUCCUCACGCCUCUGGCAUCACCAACGGUCAAGUCAUCAUCAUCCCUCAACCCCCUCGAGGGUUACGGCAAGAACGGGUUCAACAACCCCCUGUACGAGUCCUCGGCGGAGCACGAGUGGGCUCGGCCGUGGACGUCGCCGCCGCCGAAGUUCAAGUUCCUUAGAGAUGCAGAGGAGAAACUGUGCAGGAGACUCAAGGAGGAGGCUGCCAAAAGAGCAGGUGGUCAAGAAUGUGGCUUUGCAAAGCCCUGCGGCGGUGAUGCGGACAACAAAGAAGGCCCUCUAGUGAGGACCAUCAUGGGCAAGAAUGGGGAGAAAAGGGAGGUUAUUCAGAACGUGAUUCCGCAUUUUCCUUCAAGCACUUCCCAGGUACUCCCGCUGGCAUCAUCCCCAACAGCUUUCACACCCCUGGACAAGAACUCCAUCGUUCAUUGAUCUCCGUGAACUCUGCCUUAAAUGGGUCCCUUGUUCAUCCCUUGUUCAUUCUUUCUUUUUAAAUUUUUUUGGUUUGUUGGGAUGUGAUUGCUUACCAUGUCAAAUUGAAUUUGAAUCCAAAAGGGCACUCGAUCCCUUCCGAGUCAUAGCCGUUUCCGUUAUGUGGGGGAUUUGGGUAAAAGGCCUGUUAAGUAGUAGUGUUCAGUACAGUCUUGGUCGUCAGAGUCAUGAAGGCACCAGAAGACGCAUGAGAGUUUGCCUCGCGCAAUUAAUGCGAGCUCACCGAAAUGCAAAAUCGUGGCGAGGUCAUGUCAAAGCUCAGGUGGGGACUCCCGAGCUGAAUUCACCAGUAUCUCAAAUCAUUCAAACGUCCAGGAAGGCUUCGGACAAGACAGGCGAAAAUUGAACAGGGGAAAAAAAAAAAGAAAAAAGAAAAAACAGAGCAAGGAAGACAGGUGUAUGCGGGCUGCCGCUGGAGCCUUCUCAGCACUUCCGAGAUCGUAUAGUUUUUCUUUAGUUUUUCCAAGCGAGGGUGUGUGAAAAUGUUACAGUCGGAAAAAGAAAAAGAUUCUCCUGUGGCUGGCUUCGAGCCGAUACCAGAAGAACAAAACACUGUAAAAUCCUUUCACUUUAAAGCGGUUCCGAAUCACUUUUCUUCUA